GUAAACCAAACGCGGCCUCUCCGAUUGUAACCCUAAAUCCUUCUCGUGCUGGGUCUGAGCCACUCUCAUUCCUUCCUUGUCUUCUCUUUCCAGCUUCAAACCUUUAUCCGAAUUAGCUUCACUUCUUCUCUCCGCCGUUUUCAGUCUUCGCCGGCAGAUUUUCUUUCGAGGGUUCUUGGAAGAUGUCGGACGAGGAGAGGGAGGAGAAGGAGCUCGAUCUUACUUCUCCUGAAGUAGUCACCAAAUACAAGAGUGCCGCUGAAAUUGCCAACAAGGCAUUGCAGUUGGUAAUAUCGGAAUGCAAACCAAAAGCUAAGAUUGUUGAUGUUUGCGAGAAGGGCGAUUCGUUCAUCAGAGAACAAACUGGCAACAUGUACAAAAAUGUUAAGAAGAAGAUUGAAAGAGGCGUUGCUUUUCCAACUUGCAUUUCUGUGAACAACACUGUUUGUCACUUCUCACCGCUUUCUAGCGACGAGACCCUGUUUGAAGAGGGCGAUAUUCUUAAAAUUGAUUUGGGUUGUCAUAUUGACGGCUUUAUUGCUGUAGUUGCUCAUACUCAUGUGCUGCAAGAAGGUCCCGUUACAGGAAGAGCUGCUGAUGUAAUUGCAGCUGCAAACACUGCAGCCGAAGUUGCCUUGAGGCUUGUGAGGCCUGGAAAAAAGAACAAGGAUGUUACAGAUGCAAUUCAAAAGGUUGCUGCUUCUUACGACUGCAAAAUCGUUGAAGGUGUUCUUAGCCAUCAGAUGAAGCAGUUUGUGAUUGAUGGGAACAAGGUUGUACUGAGUGUUGCCAAUCCUGAGACAAGAGUUGAUGAAGCGGAGUUCGAGGAGAAUGAGGUGUACUCGAUAGAUAUAGUUACAAGCACGGGAGAAGGAAAGCCUAGGUUGUUGGAUGAGAAGCAGACAACUAUUUAUAAGAGAGCUGUGGACAGGAACUAUCAUUUAAAAAUGAAAUCUUCUAGAUUUAUUUUCAGUGAAAUAACUCAGAAGUUUCCCAUAAUGCCAUUCACGGCAAGGGCUUUGGAAGAGAAAAGGGCUCGGCUUGGAUUGGUGGAAUGUGUUAACCAUGAUCUUUUGCAGCCAUAUCCUGUUCUUCAUGAGAAGCCUGGCGAUUAUGUUGCUCAUAUCAAAUUCACCGUGUUGCUGAUGCCCAACGGAUCGGAUCGAGUCACAUCUCAUCCUCUGCAAGAGCUGCAGCCCACAAAAACAUUAGAUGAUCCUGAAAUCAAGGCGUGGUUAGCAUUGGGCACGAAGACAAAGAAAAAGGGCGGUGGGAAGAAGAAGAAAGGUAAGAAGAGCGAUAAAAUAGAAGAGCCCACUGAUGGCGAGCCUAUGGAUGCCACAGCCAAUGGCGCUGCAUCCCAAGAAUGAACUUCCACACUCCCAAAAAACAGAAACACAAAAACAAAGAAAAACAGAGAAAUUGUGGUGGGUUUUGUUUUUUCUUCGAAUCUGGCUCUGUAUCUCAUUUGUAUACGAUGAGGAUGAUGCCAGAGUAAAGUGGUGAACGUUCCUUAUUGGGUAUUUAUUAAUGAAUCCCUCUCUCUUUUAUGUAUGGUCGUACACAUACUUCUUCAAAUUGAUCUUUUGAAUGAUUUUUUUUUUCAUAUGUUUGGAAAUGAUACUUUUCAUCUA